ACGCCAUUCUUCUUCGGGGAGAGAGAGAGAGAGGCAGAGCCGCACAGAAGCCCAAGUAGUCCACUCCUGCAUGCUUUUUGCCCGGUUGCCUCGCGCCCCUCAAUUCCCCUCUCUCACUUCACUCGCAGUCGCAGCAGAGUCGUAGCCAGGCCUGCCUGUGCUAAGUGCUACCGUUAUCUAUACCGCCUCGCCUCGCGUCGCGUCGCGUCAGCUGUCACCCGGCCGGCCGGCCCGCGCCGUCGUCCACGCUCGUGGCCAGGCACCAAGACCGAUCUCCUCCUCCCCGUCCUCCGUCUAGUCUAGAUAUGAGCGCCGGCAGGUGGCUGAGGCUCGCGCUGCUGCUGUCGCUCGUCCCGCUGGCGCUGAGGGCGGCCUCGCUGCUGCUCGGCGUGCCGGCACUGGCGUCGCCGUCGUCGUCGUCUCGCCAGUCCUGGACGACCGACCCGCACGAGAGAGCCGCGGCCGCCGCCGUCUCGGUCUGGCCGGCGCGCGACCGCGACCGGCCGUAUCGCCACGCGAGGCACCGGCGGCGGGCCGGGAGCGGGAGCGCCGCCAGCUCAUCCGACGACGGCGCGAGGAGGCGGCUCCGGCAGGCCGCCGCCGGCGACUGGUUCGAGGACGACAAGCGGCUGGCGCCCACGGGGUCCAACCCGCUGCACAACCUGCGAUGACGGACGGAGGGCGGGCGGGGACGGACGCGCGAGCAUCGUUCCGUUCUCCCCGGCCCGGCCGGCUCGGCUCGUCGUCGAUCGAUCUCUCUCAGGUCGGCACGCAAUGCACAAAUGGCGACGACGACGUCUCGUCUGUCGUCUCCCUGGUAAUGCCUGCAGCCAGCCAGCCAUCUCUCGGUCCGUGACUUCUCCUUGAUGCCAUCGUACGUGGUGGUGGUGGUGGUACACGUGCCACAUACUUCCAUCCCUUCGAGUUCAUUCCUCCAUGUACAUACGAUUUGAAUACUUGAAUUGAAAUUGCAUUGGUGUGAUGACUGCGAGGAGAUGCUUGCCAAA